AUGAACUAUCUAAGAAAGUGUCAACUCUGUCUCAGUUAUUCAUUCAAAAGUGUCACACCAAAAAUGAAAAUUGAUAAAAUGGCAUCAAUAAUACCCUGUGACUAUGAAAAGUCGCAUGCUAGAGCAGCAGAGUAUCUGACAAAAGGUGAAGUUAUAGCUGUGCCUACAGACACAAUUUAUGGAUUAGCUUGUAGUGCCAAUUGUAGAGAUGCUAUUAAAAAGUUAUAUUUAAUCAAAGGAAGAGAUUCCUCUAAACCUGUAGCUAUUUGUGUCAAUGAUAUUUUUGAUGUUAGAAUAUGGGGUAAUGCUGAGCAUCUUAGUGAUGAUUUAUUACAAGAAUUGCUACCUGGUCCGGUUACAGUAGUAUUAGAAAAGACAAGUCUCUUGGAUAAUCCAUUUCUCAAUCCAAAGACAACUAAAAUUGGUAUUAGAAUUCCAAAACAUGUCUUCAUUAAUAAUGUUACUAGACAGUUCAAUAUGCCUAUUGCUUUGACUAGUGCAAACUCUAGCAAUGAACCUUCAUCCUUGUGUGUGAAGGAAUUUGAACAUUUAUUUUCUAAUUUAGGAGCUGUUUUUGAUGGUGGUGUAUUAAAUCAAGGUUUGGAUCAAAGUAGAAGUGGAUCAACCGUAAUAGAUUUAUCCAAAAUAGGGUACUAUGAUAUUAUAAGGAAAGGUAUUUCAUAUGAGGAAAUUGUUAAAAUACUAAAAGACCAUGGUCUUAUCAGUUGUUAAAUAGUUAUCCGACUCCUUAUGGAAUUGGGAAAUGUAUAUAUUAAUAAUAUCACUUCAUUUAAGAUACAACAGUCAUAAAGCUGUGUAGGCUAUAUGUGUGAAUAUUUAAAUUUGUAUGAUAAUGAAUUGACAUACAAUAUUUUUAAGACCUUAGGUAUGGAUAAAUAAAAGUAAUCAAAAGUCAGAGUA